GAUCCGGCGGCGGCGGCGGCGGCGGCGGCAGCAGCGGUGGCGGCGGCGGCGGCGGCGGCGGCUGCAGCUCGCGGCGCGCGGCGCGGCCUUCCCGCCCCCUCGCCUCCGCGCUUCCGCCGGCCCCCUUCUCACCGCGGCGCUGACAGACCGGCCGGCCGCGGCUCCGCGCGCGCUGUCGGCAGCGAGCAUGGGCGACAAGAAGAGCCCGACCCGGCCGAAGCGGCAGCCGAAGCCCGCCUCGGAUGAGGGCUACUGGGACUGCAGCGUCUGCACCUUCCGGAACAGCGCCGAGGCCUUCAAGUGCAUGAUGUGCGAUGUGCGGAAGGGCACCUCCACCCGGAAACCUCGACCCGUCUCCCAGCUGGUUGCACAGCAGGUUACUCAGCAGUUUGUGCCCCCUACCCAGUCAAAGAAAGAAAAGAAAGACAAAGUAGAAAAAGAAAAAAGUGAAAAGGAAGCAACUAGCAAAAAGAACUGUCACAAAAAAACCAGACCAAGAUUAAAAAAUGUGGAUCGGAGUAGCGCCCAGCAUUUGGAAGUCACUGUUGGAGAUCUAACAGUCAUUAUUACAGACUUUAAGGAGAAAGCUAAGUCAGCGCCCGCCUCCAGUGCUGCCGCUGGGGAUCAGCACAGCCAGAGCAGCUGCAGCUCUGACAACACCGAGCGGGGCGUGUCCCGGUCCUCCUCGCCUCGAGGGGAAGCCUCGUCCCUGAACGGAGAGUCGCACUAAACAUUCUUGCUCCUCUUAGUCUCGCCUGUCCUCCCAUGGAAAUACAGAUUAUGCCAAGAACUACCACAUUUUCAUGACAGACACAUUCAUGCAUAACCAUAAUUUGAGUUUUACAUGAAAUAUGAAUUUUUCCAGGACUUAUUAGAUUUUAUCGCAGUGUAAGCUACCAAACAUUUCCAGACUUAACGUUUUGGUCUCUGCUGUUAAAUGCCAUGAAAAUGUGGUUGAAUUAUUCAUUAUGCAGUGUUACUGGUAAGUCUAUUUUCACUUAUAGUUCAGUGAAUUCUAACACAUAAUUAUUGAAUUCUCUACUAUUGGCAUGUAAUGAGUUUAAAUUUUUUAUUACAUAGUGCAAGCUGCCUAAAUAUGUAUUAUUUGAGAAUUGUGAAACAAAUAGUUAUAUGUAUGCAAGUCAGAGAUCAACUUAAUCAACUAUUGCUGCAACAGGAUUUUCUUAAUGGUUAUCCUCUUAAUGCACCUGCUGGUACUUGGUGUGGUUAAAUAGGAAAGUUGUUAUUAAAUAAAGAAUUUGUAUGAACCUUUGCCAAUGUUUUUGACAUGUUUUUACUAAAUUAUUGUUUCUGAGUUAUGUUUUAUCCAUUUUUGCAGUUUUUAUUUGUUAGUUUGCUUAUUUUUCAAAGCAUCAAUUUAUUGUAAUGUUUACUAGCAGAAUUGUAAACAAUAAAACAUGGAUUGUUUAGCUUUCUAAUUCAGGUUUAGUGCUAUUGUCAUUGAACACUGGUUUUUCCUGUAUUCUCUAAGACAUUAAAGUUAAGGAAGUAUAAGCAUCUGGCAGAAACCGAAAAGAACUUGCCAUACUUGGAAAAGCUUUAACUUGAUGAUAGUUUAUCACUGUUUCCUCGUUCCAAACCUAGCCACAGUCAUAGACAUGUGAAUCUAAUUAAUAUAAACAUGGUAACUAUUGCACAGAACUGGGAGGUUAAUCUUAAAUCAGUUUAAUUGGCCUUUUGCUAAAUAUAACAACUCGUAUGAAAACCAUAGUACCCUAGUUCCAGAUACAGCCUUCAAUUUAUGCAUUUAUCAGUAUCUUGAAAUAAAAAGUAUCUACAGCCCCACUCACUUAUGUACAAUUUCCAAUAAAAUAUUUUUUAUGACUUCAGAUUUUGCAUUUUGUUUACAACUAAAUGAAAUGAAGUGUGUUAUGUUGUAUUUGAAAAUCCAUUUUAGAAACCUCAUCCUACAUCUUAAAUUCUAUUCUUUUGUUUUCUCUAGCCAUUUGCUUAAUAUAUAUCUACCUAUAGGGGGCUUCUGAAAUGUAAAUCAACCUAAAGACAAGACCUUACUUGAAUAUAACCUAUCACAUAAAACAUGCCAUGAUAACGUUUGAAGGAAAAAUAAAACUGUGGACCCUGAAAG